AUGGUUUUUUCAUGGAAACAGCGCCAAGAAAGCAUCAUAAAGGAAGCGGAAAAGGACAAAGAACUUGAUAUUGUUGAGAAAAAAGACCUGCUUACUCGACAGAAUGGAGCUAGAAAGAGAGUACUAAAUGAGCUGAUGGAAGAAUGGCUAGAAAAACGCUAUACUAAAGAAAGCCUCCUCAAUCAUCUCGGUCUUUCGCCGGACCUCCCACAGACCGGGCGCGACGUACUUCGUUUCAAAGCAUGGAUGGAGUACGUGAGACUGCUGGCUGAAAAAAACAACAAUCGAAUGAAGGAAAACUUGAGGGCGCAAAGGGUUCGUUACAAAUCGGCGAUGUUCGAGUCUCUGAUCCAUGGAAAUAGAUAUACUUUGGACCAGCUCGAGCAAUUUUCGGAGGAAUUGAAACAAUUGCAGUUCGAUGGGGAUAAAAAAUUGGCCAAGGAAUUAGCCGAGUGGUGCAAAAAGAAGAACGAGGAAAAGAAAGGUCCAGGAAAAAAUACAUCGACUUCUCUGGAUGCUCAAGGUAAACUAAAACAAAAUAAGCGGAAAAGGAAUAUGUAA